GCAGGCAGAGGGUGUUUCUCCACUGCCUCUCGGCCAGGGACAGCUGACUGGCUGGGAUCUAAUUGCUCUCAAGUGAGGUCAGCGGGAGGCAUUUAUCUAAGCAGAGUGCACGGCGACAGCGGAAGAUGCACAGAGUCGGCCUGCCAGAAUCAGGCAGAGAUCCAUGGGAACUGACAGAAGCUCCCAGCUCUUGUUUAGUUUUACUGCAUCACUGGACCUGGUUUACCACUGAGGCUUCAGAACUACAGACACUUCAGAUUAAAGCUCCUGCUGGAGGGGAACACACCUCUGGUCAACUGCUGUCAUCCUGCGGAGCUCAUUGAUAUUUUGUGUAACUUUUCCUGAGCUGGAUUAUGACGUCCCUUGUCGGACUAUGGUCUCAAGAGGAUGGAGCAGUCAACGUGCACCGUCACUGAGGACUAAGCACCGUCUCACCGUCCCCCACCGCCUUCCUCUUCAGACCGCCGUCCAGCUUCCCCCGACCACCUUCACAAAGUCUCCCCCACCAUCAUAGUCUCACGCUCCCAGCAGGAGCAGGGGCAGGGGCUCUGCGGAAACAGGGACCCGGAGGUGACAACACCCGGGGUCACCAACCUGGGCUCGCUGGGCUGAGGGACAGUGCACAGAUCUCUAGCACGCAUUUCAGUAUGUUGUUCAUUGAUCCCCACUGCAUUGUAUUAUAAUGCGCAAAUGGAUGCUGACAUGGAACCUUCAAAAUCCGUUCUCGGGACUGUACUUGCAUGCAAUCUUCCUGUUGGGCAGCGUGCGUGUGGUCUACAGUGACUGCACUCCAGAGCAACUUGCUGCCAUCAUGAACUGCUCCAAACAUGAGCGCCACACCAGGAACUACGACUACAUGGAGGGGGGAGAUGUGCGCAUCCGUCAGCUGUUCAGCCGCACACAGUGGUUCCUGAAAAUCGACGACAUGGGCAACAUCACUGGGACUCAAGAUGCCACCGACUGCAACAGUAUCCUGGAGAUCAGGACCGUGUCUGAAGGGGGCGUCCUGGCCAUCAAAGGUGUGAAGAGUCAGCUCUAUAUUUGUAUGACCAAGGCUGGAGUGCUGCAAGGAGAGGAAACCUACAAUGAAAAGUGCAACUUCAAAGAGGUCUUCCUAGAAAACUACUUCAACGCUUACUCCUCGGCCAAGUGGACAAAAAACGGCAAAGAAAUGUUCAUAGCUCUGUCUCAGAAGGGACGGCCGAUGCGGGGGAAGAAGACGAGGAGGAAGCACAUAGCAUCUCACUUCAUCCCCAUGAAAUGCAGGGAGGAAGAGCGGAGGGUGGAAUGACAACAGGACUCAACAGCUUAGGAUUUCCACCACAUAUUAUAUAUGUCAAUAGACACAUGUAAACUCAGUACCGAACAUCACACUCCACUCUCGUCAAGUUGUAUACAAGUUGUGUAGUAUUCCAUGAUGUGUUGUCGUUUUUAGAUGAGAAAAACGACAGAUUGGGUUCAGUGAAGAACGAGGAAAUACGGAAAUAUUUGUAAAGUGCUUAAACCAUGACACAAACUGUAAAAACACUAAAGUCUACUCCACGUUAUUGCUAUUUUCGAGUUAAUUAUUAUAUUUCCUUAAAAAAAUAAAUAAAGCAGUAAUGUAUUUUCUCAUAAAACAGUCAAAUACAUGAGUAUAUAUAUAUAAAGGCACAGUCAGGACUGUAUUCUUUUCUAAGGAUGAUCAGCACCCAGCCAGAUGAGGAGACCCGUCCACACUCAGCUCCAGAGGAGAGGUUUGGCUCGACGUACUGUGGACGUGCUGAAGCAAGCUGGACUUGUCUUUUUUUAAUGGUACUGGUGCUCGGAGCACACAAAACAGAGGCACAAUAAAUACCAUUACAACAACGUGCUGGCCGAGAUGAGAGUUUGCAGGAGCAUCUGUUUGUGGAUGAUCUGUUUCCAUCCCUCUGUCUUUCUUUUGUUAAAAACCAGACUCGUGGUCAAAUGCAUUGUAGCUGCUCACUGACGCCCUCCUUCUUUUUCAAGGUGUGAUUUUGAAAUACUAAAAUAUUCU